AGCAUCCGGGCUCCCGCGGCGGCGCUACGGAGGUUCCCGCGAGCGGGCGGCGCGGCGAGCGGACGGCAGGUCUCCCGGGCGGUCCGCGGGCCGAGCAUGGCUGGCUCCCUGCCUCCCUGCGUGGUGGACUGCGGCACCGGGUAUACCAAGCUUGGCUACGCAGGCAACACUGAGCCACAGUUCAUUAUCCCUUCAUGUAUUGCCAUCAGGGAGUCAGCAAAGGUGGUCGACCAAGCCCAGAGGCGGGUGCUGAGGGGAGUGGAUGACCUGGACUUUUUCAUAGGGGAUGAAGCCAUAGAUAAACCCACAUACGCCACCAAGUGGCCAAUAAGACAUGGGAUAAUUGAAGACUGGGAUCUUAUGGAAAGGUUCAUGGAACAAGUGAUUUUUAAAUAUCUUCGAGCUGAGCCUGAGGAUCAUUAUUUUUUAAUGACAGAGCCUCCCCUGAAUACACCAGAAAAUAGAGAAUAUCUUGCAGAAAUUAUGUUUGAAUCGUUUAAUGUACCAGGACUCUACAUUGCAGUUCAGGCAGUGCUGGCCUUGGCAGCAUCGUGGACGUCCCGGCAAGUUGGGGAGCGCACGUUAACAGGGAUCGUCAUUGACAGCGGGGACGGGGUCACUCACGCUAUCCCAGUGGCAGAAGGUUAUGUAAUUGGAAGCUGCAUCAAACACAUCCCGAUUGCAGGGAGAGAUAUUACGUAUUUCAUUCAGCAGCUGCUAAGGGAGAGGGAGGUGGGAAUCCCUCCUGAGCAAUCACUGGAGACUGCAAAAGCCAUUAAGGAGAAGUACUGUUAUAUAUGCCCUGAUAUAGUCAAGGAAUUUGCCAAGUAUGAUGUGGAUCCCCGAAAGUGGAUCAAGCAGUACACGGGCAUCAAUGCAGUCAACCAGAAGAAGUUCAUUAUCGAUGUUGGCUACGAAAGGUUCCUGGGACCUGAAAUAUUCUUUCACCCAGAGUUUGCCAACCCAGAUUUUAUGGAAUCCAUCUCGGAUGUUGUUGAUGAAGUAAUACAGAACUGUCCCAUUGAUGUUCGUCGUCCGCUGUAUAAGGAUUGCAUCUGCCUGCCCUCUUCCCAGUUCCAGGAGAGCUCUGAGCCGACUUCCAGAGCCGUGUGGAGGUGGAGUCAUACAGUAUGCUCUGCGUUUGCGGCUCCUUUCACUCAGUUCCUGCCUUUGAGUUGCAGGUGACAUAGUUCGUUCCUUGGUGCUGAGUCGCAGACCACUGUAUGGAUAAAGCACAGCAUAUCCUUUCCCCACUGAUGAAAUUCAGGUUGUUACCAGUGUUUGGCUACCACGGAAACCUGCUCUGAACACUUGGGUAUGAGUCUGUGUGGAUAUGUUUUAUUUCCUUUGG